AUGAACUCCUCCAUGAAUGGAGAAAGUAGUCAGGAAAGCUUUGAAGAAGUUUUCAGCAAAAUAUUUGUAAGUCUACUUCUUGGGGUCAUCAUCAUUUUUAUCAAUGGAUCAUUUGUUUUCACAUUCUUGAAAAGCUCAGUUUUUUAUAACAAUCCAAGAUACAUUUUAUAUAUACAUUUGGUUAUCAAUGACAUGAUUAUGGUUGGUGUCUCUGUGGCUCUGCUUGUAAUGGCAUAUACAUGGAGGAAUGUAAGCAUUUCUUCUUGUUGUGUCUUAGUAAUCAUAGCGUCAGCCACUCAGAAGAACACACCAUUAAACUUGGCAGCUAUGGCAAUUGAGCGUUACAUUGCCAUCUGUAAACCUUUGCAUCAUUCUCAGAUCUGUACAGUGCACAGAACAUUCAUUCUUAUUAUUUUCAUAUGGGGAGUUGGACUUAUUCCUCCCCUGACAGACCUGGUUAUUUCUGCUAUCCUUUUUCCUUUGUUCAUUUUUAACACUGUAACAGUCUGUUCUUCAUCAUUUUUGUACAGCACUGUUUACCACAAUCAAAGGAAGCAAGCUACACAAGCAAUUUACACAUCCUUUGUGUGGAUAGUUCUUGUGUACACUUAUUGUAGGGUGAUGAUUGCAGCCAGAAAGAUGUCAAGUGACAAAGAAUCUACUAAAAAAGCCAAGAGCACAAUCCUAUUGCAUGGAGUACAGCAAUUGCUUUGCAUGUUGUCCUUUACCACUCCUGUUCUAGACUUUGUUUUUGGUCGUGUUAUGCCUACUCAAUGGAGAAAAAUCAGUUUUUAUGCUUACUUGAUAACAAACGUUGUACCACGCCUACUCAGCCCGCUAAUUUAUGGUAUUCGAGAUCAGACAUUUCUAAAACACUUUAAUAGAAAUUUCUCAUGCAAAGUAUUCAUUGUAAAAGUAGAGACAGAAAAAAACACAAUCAAGAAAUAA